GUCCCGAGCGCCGCGAUGGGCCGGGGGAGCCGCCCGCCCGCCCCGCGGGGUGCGCUGCCGCCCCGGCCGCCGCCGCUGCUCCUGCUGCUGCUCCUCGUGCUGCUGCUGCCGCUGCCGCCGCCGACUCCGGCGCUCGUCCCUCGGAUCAGCCUGCCGCUGGGCUCCAAAGAGCGACCAUUCCUCAGAUUCGAAGCAGAAAAUGUCUCCAACUACACGGCCCUUCUGCUGAGCAGGGAUGGCAAGACUCUGUACGUGGGUGCCCGGGAGGCCCUCUUUGCUCUCAACAGCAGCACCAGUUUCCUGCCUGGCGGGGAAUACCAGGAGCUGCUGUGGAGCGCAGAUGCGGAGAGGAAACAGCAGUGCAGCUUCAAGGGCAAGGACCCACAGCGUGACUGCCAGAACUAUAUCAAGAUCCUCCUUCCACUUAACAGCAGCCACCUGUUCACCUGCGGGACAGCAGCCUUCAGCCCUGUGUGCACCUACAUCAGUGUGGCGAACUUCACUCUAGCACAGGAUGAAGUAGGGAACAUCCUCCUGGAAGAUGGCAAGGGCCGUUGUCCCUUUGACCCCAAUUUCAAGUCCACGGCCCUGGUGGUUGACGGUGAGCUCUACACUGGAACAGUCAGCAGCUUCCAAGGGAAUGACCCGGCCAUCUCCCGGAGCCAAAGCCUCCGCCCCACUAAGACCGAGAGCUCCCUCAACUGGCUCCAAGACCCAGCAUUCGUGGCCUCGGCCUACAUUCCCGAGAGCCUGAACAGCUUGCAGGGGGAUGAUGAUAAGAUCUACUUCUUCUUCAGUGAGACUGGCCAGGAGUUUGAAUUCUUUGAGAACACCAUCGUGUCCCGUAUCGCCCGCAUCUGCAAGGGGGACGAGGGUGGUGAGCGGGUCCUGCAGCAGCGCUGGACAUCCUUCCUUAAGGCACAGCUGCUGUGCUCCCGGCCAGACGAUGGCUUCCCGUUCAACGUGCUACAGGAUGUCUUCACGCUGAGCCCCAGCCCCCAGGACUGGCGGGACACCCUCUUCUAUGGGGUCUUCACAUCCCAGUGGCACAGGGGGAGCACAGAGGGCUCUGCCAUCUGCGUCUUCACCAUGAAGGACGUGCAAAAGGCCUUCAAUGGCCUCUACAAGGAGGUGAACCGUGAGACCCAGCAGUGGUACACUGUGACCCACCCAGUGCCCAUGCCCCGGCCUGGAGCGUGCAUCACCAACAGUGCCCGGGAGAGGAAGAUCACCUCAUCCCUACAGCUCCCAGACCGUGUGCUGAACUUCCUCAAGGACCACUUCCUGAUGGAUGGGCAGGUCCGCAGCCGCCUACUGCUGCUGCAGCCCCGGGCCCGCUAUCAGCGUGUGGCUGUACACCGCGUGCCUGGUCUGCACCACACCUAUGAUGUGCUUUUCCUGGGCACUGGCGAUGGUUGGCUGCACAAGGCAGUGGGCGUGGGCUCCAAAAUGCACAUCAUUGAGGAGCUCCAGAUCUUCUCACCAGGACAGCCUGUGCAGAACCUGCUCCUGGACACCAACAGGGGGCUGCUGUAUGCUGCCUCCUACUCAGGCGUAGUCCAGGUGCCUGUAGCCAACUGUGGCCUGUAUCAGAGCUGUGGGGACUGCGUCCUUGCCCGGGAUCCGUACUGUGCUUGGAGCGGUUCCAGAUGCAGACACAUCAGCCUCUACCAGCCUGAGACGGCCUCCAGGCCAUGGAUCCAGGACAUUGAGGGGGCUAACACUAAGACUCUCUGCAAUACUUCCUCACCUGGGCCGCGUUCUUCUGUACUAAGUGAUAAGCGAUGUGAGGAAGUCCACUUCCAGCCCAACACGGUGAACACCUUGGUCUGCCCCCUCCUCUCCAACCUGGCCACCCGGCUCUGGCUGCACAAUGACCUCCCAGUCAACACCUCAGCCUCCUGCCGCGUGCUGCCCACCGGGGACCUGCUGCUGGUCGGCAGCCAGCAGGAACUGGGGGUGUUCCAGUGCUUGUCCUUGGAGGAGGGCUUCCAGCAGCUGGUGGCCUGUUACCACCCAAAGGUAGUGGAGGACGUGGAGGCCGACCAAGUGGGCCGGAGGGGCGGUGUGCCUGUCAUCAUUAGCACGUCACGUGUGAGUGCACCAGCUGGUGGCAAGGCCAGCUGGGGAGCAGACAAGUCCUACUGGACUGAGUUCCUCGUGAUGUGCACGCUCUUUGUGUUUGCUGUGGUGCUCCUCAUUUUAUUCUUCCUCUACCGCCACCGGGAUGGCAUGAAAGUCUUCCUGAAGCAGGGGGAGUGUGCCAGUGUGCACCCCAAGACCCGCCCUAUGGCUCUGCCACCUGAGACCCGGCCGCUUAAUGGAGUAGGCCCCCCUAGCACCCCGCUCGACCACCGAGGCUACCAGGCCCUGUCUGAGAGCUCCCCGGGGCCCCGCGUCUUCACAGAGUCAGAGAAGAGGCCGCUCAGCAUCCAGGACAGCAUUGUGGAGGUGUCCCCAGUGUGCCCCCGGCCCCGGGUCCGCCUGGGCUCUGAGAUCCGGGACUCUGUGGUGUGAGAGCAGACCUCCGGAGGAGGCCACCCUGGCUUCAGAGGCCAUGAGUGCUCAGAGGGGGCCAGCUGGACCUCUGUCUCGUGGGACACAGCCUUGGCGUGGUGCCCACCCCUCGGGAGCGACAGAGCCAGCUAGCCUGCUGCUCUUCAGCCAAGAGCAUGGCCCCAAAGGGCCCCGGUGAAGACGGGGGCCUGCCUGCGUGGGCAGAACCGUGCUCCCUCUGUAAACUGAGCCUUUGUUUAAAAAACAAUUGAAAAUGUGAAACCAGUGAGAACGAGACAUCGCAGAACACCGUGCACACCGACAGCCCUGCUGCGCGGCCUGAGACCCGGCUGACUCACCCAAAGUGGUGGUCUGAGACAGAGCUGGCGUUCCGCGCCGGCUGGCCUCUCCCGCCUCCGGCCGCCGGCUGGCCCUUGUGCCCACAGAAGCAGGGGCCAGCUCGGGCUCCGUGGGUCCUGCCAUGUUGGCUGGCCAACUUCUCACAGCCAUCAUCCCAUCACCUCAGGGACUGGAGGGCUGAGUUGCCACCGCAGCUCUCACAGGCCUUGGGCUCAGACUCACCUGCUGGACCUUUCCAGCCUGUAUCAGGCCGUGGACAUGUGUGAGAGGGGCAGCGUGAGCCCAGGAGAGAUCUCGUUUAUGACAAUGGACGCCUUUCCCUCGAAGUCCAGGAAGUGACUUGGCUGCCUUCCUGCAGCCCAUCCUGGAACCUGUGUGUCGCCUGUCCCCACGUUUGCCCUGGUCUCCUCCCUGAACCCGACCCCCAGUUCAUCCCCUACACCUUGCCUGCUCCCAGUCUAAGGUUUGUUGACACUGCCCAGCACAGGAACCCUGAGUUUAUCUGGCUUUUAUAUAUUUUUUAAUAAGAUGCACUUUACUUUUUUUUUUUUUUUUUAAUAAAAUCUAAAGAAUAGAAACAAUCAUGGUCCUUCCUCUCAAAGGACUGUUACUUUUUGAAGUUGGUCUGAUACUCUGAGUUGAGUUCUGGGGCAUUCCAAGCCUCCUCUUUCCAGGGGCUAUCGGGCCAGAGCCACCCUGGCUGAGCCAACUCCCAUCUCCCAGUGGAGUGUGGUCCUUAAGGUUGGAAGUUUCAUGCACUGAUGGGAGGGCAAGGGAUUCCCUCAUUUUCCCUGAACCCCUUUGACCCUGCAUCUCCUCCAGUUCAGGGUGGGAACACAGGUAGAUCGGGGAUUUUGUCCUAUUUUUUUUUUCACUUUAAAAAUGUUUCUUUUUUAUAUGAUCA